AUGUUGGACAGUGAUUUGGAAAUUGACGAUGAGGAGGAUGAAGAGGAGGAGCAGCAGCGGGAGUAUGAAAAACACUUUGCAAUAACAACGGCGCAUGUAAUGCGCAAUGCGAAUGUUUAUGAUGCCAGUGAUUUGCUUGAAUUAUAUGCACUGUACAAACAGGCAACGGAGGGUGUCUGUUGCACGCCACGCCCCGCAUUCAUACAAAUGAAGGCGCGUAGCAAAUGGAAUGCGUGGAAAGAGCUGGGCGAUAUGAGCCGAAGAGAUGCCCAGAGCGCUUACAUUGAGAAAGUUGUGAAACUUGAUCCCAAUUGCCUGGACAAUAAUGACAAUAAAGCGAGUGGCGAUAGCGGUGGCAGACUGAGUGGCUGGGUGGUGCACUCGAUUGAAUCGAAGCCAGUCGAGGCUAGCAAGCUGGAGCAUCAGAAAACGCUGUUUGAUCAUGUCAAGGAGAACAAUUUGCAGCGCUUGCGUGAACAAUUGCAGCCCAGUGACCUGAUGCCAUUGGAUGAGCAGGGCAUGGCAUUGUUGCAUUGGGCAACCGAUCGCAAUGCCAUCGAGAUCAUUGAGUAUCUGGUUGAGUGCGGCGCCGAUGUGGAUCAGCGCGAUUCGGAGCAACAGACACCAUUGCAUUAUGCCGCCAGUUGUGGCCAUGUGGAGGCAUUGCACUGUUUGUUAUCUCUAAAAGCGAAUCUGGAGCUGCGCGAUUCGGAUGGUCAGACGUGCAUCGAUGUUGCCGAUGAUGAGCAGAUUUGUGCUACGCUGCAAGCGGAGCUCCAGCUGCGCAAAGGUUAGCCCUAACAGCCAUAACAACAAAAUUCUAUGUAUCAUGCAAGCGUUGAGGCCAAACAAAAUUAAAAAGUAAUUUAAGAACCCAGUUGUUAAUCUUUCCUCUACUCUCUCAUUAAUAAAAAUAAUUAACUAAAUGGAAA